AUAUAUAUAUCCCCACCAGCAACGCCUGUGUCCAUCACUUUCGCAAUAGAUCGCUCCGUUCCAACCUGCAAUUUUAACUAUCCGAUCAUGUCCCACUCAGGUGCUCAGGGUAGCAUUGGCAGCCACUCUGCCAUUGGGAUGCGCAAUCACAAGAUGUACCUCUAUGAAUAUGAGAACUUCCAAGGUCGUAGGAUGGAACUGUUCGGAGAGUGCCGUAACCUGUGUGAGAAGGGUUUUGAAAGAAUUGGCUCCAUCAGAGUUGAGUGUGGACCCUGGGUGGGUUAUGAGCAGCAGAACAUGACUGGUGAGAUGUUCAUGCUGGAGAAGGGAGACUAUCCCCGCUGGGACACCUGGUCCAACAGCUACAGGUGUGAUCGCUUCAUGUCGGUCAGGCCCGUCAGAAUGGAUGCCCAGGAUCACAAGAUUUGCCUGUAUGAAUGUCCAAACUUUGAGGGUCGUAAGAUGGAGGUGUGCGAUGAGGACAUUCCAAGCCUGUGGUCUUACGGCUUCCAGGACCGAGUUUCCAGCAUCCAGGUCACCGGUGGAACCUGGGUGGGCUACCAGUACCCAGGCUACCGUGGCUACCAGUAUGUGUUUGAGAUGGGCCCUUUCAAGCACUGGAACGAGUGGGGAGCCCAUCACCCCCAGAUCCAGUCCAUCCGUAGGGUGAGAGACAUGCAGACACACCGCAGGGGCUGCUUCGAGAUGACCGCAUAGAGAGGAGUCCAGCAGACUGUGGGCCAACAGGAGGGAAUAGCAAAGGGGUCAGGCUUGCCAUGCUGCUAACAAUCCCUUGAAAAUUCUUCAACAGCCACCUAGCCACACAUAAGCUAAUGGCUUUUGAAUUUUGUUAUGCAUUUACUGGUAGGAUUUGGGAGUGUGUGGCAUUGUGAAUGAUUCUGAUGAGAAGUUCUGAUUGUCACAGACUUCCAGAGUAACUGUAACACCGGUAAAAAUGGUAGCAAUGCUCUCUGUUUACAGACCUCUAAGAAAGAUUAAGAAAGGCGGCUUAUAGGGGAUUAGUUUGUGUUUAUUAGUUUGUUUCAAUGCUAUUAUAACCCUUUUAUUUUAUUUUUAACUACUCGCCUACAUGUUUCUAGCUGGCAUGAUGCCGAUAAGCCUGUUCACCAAGGUGCUAUCCCUCUCCUGGGAUCCACAGAUUUUAAAGAGCAAAGGGAUAAACAAUCAUAUCACUCCUCACAAGGUACUACCAUGGACAGCUCUCAGCUCUGCACAUGCCCUGCAGUAAGUUUGCCAAGCAGAGGGAGGCACUAUCUUCUCAUUGCAAAGCAAAAGGCUCACUUCACUGAAAGGAAGAGGGCACUGGCCAGUGUGUGAUUAAUCAAAAGAGAGGUGGAGGUGCAGGGUUGUGUUUUGCAGAUGUGAAUAUCUUUUGGCUGGCCCGUUUCAGCUCAUUGAUGGGGCUGACCGGAGAUUUGCAUUUUACACUUUCUCAGGGAUGCUGGCAUCUGGAAAUCUACUUUCCAAUGAAGAAAAAUGAAAUAAAGAUAUUAUAAAGCUGAAA